UAAAUGAAUGAAAAUGUGCUUUAAAAUUGUUUCAUUCAUGUAUGAGGAAAAAUGUAAAACUGAAAAAAAAGUUCUAACUAAGCUUUUUAAGGGAAAUCAUGUUCAUUCAGAGCAAUGCAGAAAUACAUUAAUGAAAAUGAGUUUUAAAGCAUUUCUGAAGAAAAAGUGAGAGUGAUAAAAUGCUAAAACCUAAAAAAAAAGAGAUAAAAAUAUGUUAUUUUUAAAUUCAGAUGUAAGGGAAAUCAGGUCUUCCAUAAUUUAAGUUAUUAAUUUAUUUUAACAUUUUUAAAUUGUAUUUAUUUUUACCGUAAAAUGCGCAGAGGUAUUGCAGGAUUGCACAAUGCACUUAGCUCGAUAGUUUAAAAACUGGUUUCCUGUCCUGCCGCUUAACUAUAAACACAAAGAGAGAGGAAGAAAAGACAGCAAAAGAGAGGUGUGAGCGAGACGUGUGUAGGUGGCACUGUGUGAGGGUGUGUCAUCCGCAGAAAGAACAUUUACUGAGAACAGGAAAGGUAGAAUAAGAUACUGUAAGAAAAAAAGGCAGGCAGAGGUUGCAUUUUUGGGAAUUGGUCCAGAGUAAAGGUCAGCAGGGCCAUGACUGGUUUGUAAUCAUGUGCUGCUUGUUUGUGUGCUUGAAAGAUGAGAGCGAUGUGAUAGUUCUGACAGAUAAAGGGAUUGAAUUUACAUUUUUUGUGCAGUAAUGGUGGAAAGAUCUUCAGCCAUAGUUUUUUUUAAAAGUGUGAUCGGAUACAGGGUUCUGGAGUCUUGAUUUGAUUCUGUGCUCCACUAUUUUAGAUUUGUAAUCAAACAAUUCAACUGUAGUUAAAGUGCAGAUUUUCAGCUUUCCCCUUGUCUAUGCUUGUUUUCCACAUUUUUUGGUGCCCUUGGAUUUUUGCUGUUUUGUACAGUAUAUGGAGGCCUAUAAUGCAUUGGUGUUGCAAAGAUUAAGAUAGAAAAAAAUAAAAAAAUAAAAAAUACAGUACAUACAAUACAGCACACAAUAAGAUGGAAGACUUAUGAAUUUAUACUAUUGAUCUCUUGGGUCUUGGGUAAGAAAUGAACUUCAAAUAAACACUAGAGACCGCACACACACACACAAAAAAUGUAUAUACAAAAUAUUCACGUUUUUUUUAACUUAGCUGUGCCACUGCUCAAAACAAAGUUGCUCUCUGUUUCAGCAAUCUAAAAUGAACUGCCAAUAGGACUGUACAUAAGAAUGCUUAUGUGAACUGAAUAUUUCGGUUUGAAUUCAAAAUCACUCACUCUCUGUUACAUCUCAUUCUCUAUCACAUCUCACUCUCUGGCACAUCUCACUCUUUAUCAAAUCUCACUCUUUACCAAUCUCUCUCUCACUCUAUAGCAUAUCUAACUCUCUAUCACAUCUCACUCUCUAUCACAUCUCACUGUCCAGAGCUGUGAACUCUUCCACCUCCUCCAAAUGUGACAAUGGCGGAGGGGGAAGUGGGAGUGUCACUAUCUCCACACCAGCUAACUGCUUUGUUUUCCCACAGGCAAAUUGUGCUUGCAUUUGGUUACUAUUGCAAAUGAGAUUUACCAGCAAAGAGAGCAAUACCCAAAUAUGUUAUCUCUAAAUAUAUGGAAUAGCAUCUGUAGCAUGUUUUCUCCAACCUUACCAGGCUCUUUGUAAUUUCUGAGCUCACCAGUGCUCUCUUUCUUCUUAAUGAUGUUCCAAACAGUUGGUCUUCGUAAGCCUAAUGGUUGGUCUAUGUCUCCGGCUGUUUUUUUUUUUGUUUUUUUUUUUUGUUUUUAAAAAUAUAUAUAUUUCUCAGCCUCUUAAUGGCUUCCUUUACUUUCGUUGUCAGAACUCUGGUCCUCAUGUUGACGAACACCAAAAACACUCCAAAGGCAAUCAAAAGGCUAGAGGUUAUCAGUAGAGUAUUUUGCGAAUGUAGUGGAUUUUACUGACUGGCAUAUUAAAAAAUCUAAGGACUGCACAGUCUGUCAAAUCUGGUUGUUCAGCCCCAUCAUAGGCAUAAUAAUCGAUGAGAGAACAGCUCUGAAAACAGAAGCAAAUGCUUUUGUCAUAAUUGGAAUAUUGUAACAAGAUUAAAAAAAAAUCAUAUUCACUAUAAUUGAGAGGAGAACCCGCUAUCUUUGAAUAUAUAACUCAAAUAAUAUUAUUAUUGGCCCACUUUCCAAAUUAAAGUGAUUUAUUUCUAUAUAACAUAUAUCCAUCAUGCCAGAUUAUGUGACUAUGUGGAGAAUUAUUAUGCAUGUAAAUUGAAUACCAGGAUAAGAGGAUAGUCUGUGUGAUGUGGAAUGGAUUAUCAAAUAUGACUAUCAGCAUUAGUGCCCUCGAAAAGUGUAGGAACGACAGAGCGGAAUCUGCUAUUUUUCGCUUAAGAUACUUGGAUUUGAGAUAAAAAUAUGAUGACAAAAGUACACACAAUCAAGGUUUUCUUUCAUGGUAUUCGCACAUGUGUAUGUGUAUUCGCAUUGAGUCCCCCAUAAGGGUAUGUCAGCGUAAGUAAAUCUGUGUGCGUCCUCAGCUCUGGACGGGAGAGUUUUUCCCUUCAGUCACAAGCCUCUGCCCAGCCAGUCAUUUCAUUUCUUUCAAGAUUCUUCUUUGACAGGAGUAAAAAAAAAACGAUCUGGCUCCUGUUUUUUUUUUGGAAAUUACAACAAGCCCUCUCGCGCUUAUACGUGCUGUGGUGACUCGUGAUGUAGGUGAUCAUAGGUGUGGAGCAGCAGGUUCCGGCUGAGGACUUUUCAAAGACCUCUUUUGUGCUCAAUGCAUUCACGCAUUUUGUGAAUGCCGGUUACAUUAGUCUUUCAGGAUUUGAUGAGCAAAUUCGAAACUCCUGUUUUUUAAUGGUCUCCUGGUUCGGAGCCAAUUUCAGAGGCGGAAUGAUGACUUCCAGCUCCCUGAAACAAAUCCUAUUUGUUUGCUUCAUCCUCGGGGCACUGACGAUAUUUUUAUUUUACUUGAACCUUGUGACGCAGUCAUCACCUCUUCAAGGUUGUCCAGCAACCCACCAAACAGCAUUUGGACAAGCACAGAGCACCAAACUGGAUCCUCCUUUCACCCUUCCUGCCACCAGUAGUCCCGCUCACCUGGAGCCCAGGAUCUACGACCCCAUGCCCAAUGUCAGCUAUCAGCGAAAGUCGUGUUCCUGUCCAAAGGGAACCUCAAACUUGAGCAGCAUCCUGAACCUGGAUGAGUUCGACGACAUUGUCAAACACAGAGCUCAGCAGUACAAAAGCCAUCUGAUCAGGAAAAAGUCAGUACUUAACCAAUUUCUCUUGGCUCCACCAAACUCGCCUCUGCAAUAUCCAAUUCAAGGAUUCAUUGUCAGUCCUCUCCAAACAAGCAUCAUUCCAGGUUUAAGUGUGCAUUCUGUACAAAAACAAAAUUACCAGGUGACACUGAGCGUGAGCGGUGGUGUCCUGGCAGUGGAAAGUCUUCAGGAAAAGGACCAAGUGAAGGGACAGGAUGAGAAGGUUCUCUCCAUUUCUGCCUCCAGCCUGCACUCUCUCAAUGACCUGCUGGGUCGGGUCUCCUACAGAAGCACUGUGUACAGCAUCAAGUCUGGAGACCUGGUGCACUUCACCUUUGAGCAGUACAAAGCCGUCUUCCCCAUUGUGAUCCGACAGCCUACAGUGCCAGUUCUGUACGCCUUUGGAGCAGAUAUCAAGUCCCAAGUAACGAUCACAACAAAGACCUUCCUCAGAUAUGAUAAACUGAACAAUCUCAUCAGAAGUAUUAGAAAGUUUUACAAAGACAUUAAAAUCAUCAUUGCGGAUGACAGCUUUAAACGACGCAAAGUGAACGGCAGCAACAUUGAGCAGUACUUCAUGCCACCUGCACAGGGCUGGUUUGCUGGCAGGAACCUUGCUGUCUCGCAGGUCACCACCAAGUACUUUCUGUGGGUGGAUGAUGACUUUGAGUUCACAGAGAGAACAAAGAUUGAGAAAUUUGUAGAAAUCAUGGAGUCUAAGCCUGAACUGGAUGUGGUGGGCGGUUCUGUAAGCUCAAGCACGUUUUCUUUCAUGCUGGUCAAUGAGGAGGGGGAUGAGGAAGGUGGCUGUUUGCGUAAAGUGAAAGGGGACUACCAGCCCAUUCCGGGAUUCCCCGAUUGCUUCUUCACCUCUGUGGUGACCAACUUCUUCCUGGCCCGGACGGACGCCGUGCGUAAGGUGGGCUUCGACCCACUGCUGAAGAGAGUGGGCCACUCAGACUUCUUCAUAGACGGGCUGGGGGAGCUGCUCGUGGGCAGCUGUCCCGGGAUCUCCACCGGCCACCAGGCUAAACGGGGGAAGAUGUCGGAUCCCCAGUAUUACAAAUACCGCUAUCCGCCCAAGACUGAGACCAACCUUAAAAUGUAUCUCCACUUUGUCAAGAAUCACCUGAAGUGCAUCAAGUACUGAAAAUCCGCGGGGAUUGUGCACCUUACAACAAUACCCUUGUUUUAUGUCGGUACGUACGCUAAUUUGAAUUAUAAAUGAAAGUUUUUCAGUACUGUACAUAUAAAAGAUGCACUGACAUAAUUUCUCCUUGACUGACUCCUUUUCCAAAUAUGGUUGGAACGACCGGGCUUGUACCAAAUGCUUUAAAAAAAAAAAGAGAAAUAUGCAAUUUACGUAGCUUUGAUUGCACAUUCACCACCCUGUGUGAUCCCUGGCCAUCUGAAACCACUGCAAAUGCAUUCAAGUGAAGUAAUGUCAACUCCCCAUCCAAUGAGCUGGCCACUGCAGUCAGGAAGCAGAGCUGCUGUCAAUCUUCUGCUGCUGAAAACACAUUUGUACUGCUUAUGUAACAGCUUAGCCCACCAAUACUUGAACAUCUAUCACAGCAUUACUAGCCUCAGCAUUGCUACAUCUAAAACCAUAUCCUCAAACCAAUUGGCCUCUUGAAGCACUGCAUUCUCUGCGUCCUCUCCAACCAACUACAGCACUAAGUUUUAAGUUGUAGUUUUGUAUAUUUAUUAUUUCUAAGUUUUCUAUUGACAGCUACCAUUGAUUGUGACCCUAAUGGUUCUAAUCCGUUUUGCUUAUGCAAGGCGCUAUGAAUAACUGCAUCUGACAAAAUGAUAAAUGAAAUGCAAUGUAUUAUGAGGUGUAUGCAGUUUAUGAUUUAUGCCUAUGUUUCUGAAAGAUUAAUGAAAGAUGAAUGAAUAAACAUUUUUUGUUACAUUUAA